AUGCGCAGAUCCGAUUCUUGCUCGGUAUUCCAGGAGUGGGCGUUGGACUUUGUGCAUCGGAGCCUGGCCAAGGAACUGGGCGGGCCGACCACCGGCACGGGCGACCUGCGCCAGACGGCCAUGACCGGCGACGUGCUCGACCUGGGCUGCGGCGACGGCAGCGUCUCCGCCUGGAUCGCCACCCGCAAGCUGCCUGUGGCGCGGUUGGCAUCGGCGACGGAGCUGCCGGACGAGUGGCGGGACCGGUUCGACAUGGUGCUCUCCUUCACGGCCCUCCACUGGGUGCGGGACCACGCCGCGGUCCUCCGUCAGGCUCACAAGGUGCUCAAGCCGGGCGGCCUGCUGGCCUUCACGAUGGUGCUCGCCGGCCCGCGCGAGUUCACCCCCGUCCUGGACAUCGUCGCGGCCCUCGCCCCGUGGCGCGACCACCUCCAGCACUACGCGCCCCCGACCUAUCCCGCCAAUUCCGGGUGGACCGAAGAGUUCAUACUGGCGCACCACCCCGGCGGCUGCCGGGUGGGAGAAGACGAAGUGCAGGACGAGCAGCGGAGGCAGCAGCUGUUCGUGGAGGCCUACCGCCAUCUGCUCACCAGGUGCGGGUUCGAGGUGGAGACCCUGGAGGUCGUGCCGGCCAAGGCCAACGCAGAUAACGCGGAGGAGCUGAAGCAGUUCGUGGCGCAGUGGCUGCCGCACAAGCAGCGGAUCCCGGAGCCCCAACAGGAGGCGUUCAUCGACGAGGUGGUGGACGCCUACCUGCGCCACACCGAACAGAGCCGGGCCAAGGGCGAGCUCCACAUGUGGUUCGACCUCCUCCAGGUCAAGGCCCGCAAGCGCGCCGGCUGA